AUAAAAUUCGCAUUGGAGUUCUUAGAAUAUUGUGGAACAUUCGCAGUAGUACAGUCAUCAGUGUUUUCUUGGAAUAGGGUGCAGGGAAAGUCCUCAGAAUACCUAGCUUUGGACUUUAAAUACUGAAGAUGGAGUGGAACCAACUUUUGUUCCUGAUCCUGGUCUUCCAAACGUUGCUGAUAACCAGUGAUGCUUUUUUACGAAAUUCAAGCAUUUUCGAUCUAGAUAUUUUCGAUUAUGACGAUUUUCGUAGAUCAGAUGCAGCCACAACCAAAAAUAAAUGUGUAGACACAGAACAGAGAAUCGCACCGGCCGAGGACUGCUUCGACUACUUCAUCCUGGCUGUGAUUUGGACUUUCGGGUACGCAUACAAGCAGAAGUUGAUGGGCGUGCAAAGUAGAGCCAAACUCGGCGGGCAAUGGGUCAUUCACGGCCUCUGGCCUUCGUGGCUUCAUGAAGAGAACCCAAAUUGUGUAAGAUACGACCAGGUCUUCGUUGAAUACCGAUUAAAAAAUGAAAAAUUUAGGGGUCCACUCAAAGACGACAAUCUUCAUACGUUUUUAUCGAAUAACUGGUAUAGCAUCAGACAGACACCGCCCAAGAAUUUAUGGGAUCAUGAAUUUAAAGCGCACGGAAGCUGCGCUACCCGUGCCAGGAAGAUUAAAGAUAGCGUUGGCUAUUAUAGAGAAGCUCUCCGCUUGUUUUUUAAUCUAAAUCUAAAUACCCUAUUUAACAACAACAAAUAUCGUGCUGGAGACAAAAUGAAAUUGUCGCAAAUUGUUGAAAUACUUCACGAGCAAGUUAAGAAGAAAGUCAAAGUCCAAUUUACACCACAAAAAGGGGGUACUGAAAAUUAUCUAACGGAGUUGUUUAUCUGCUAUAACUACAAUCUGGAAGCUAUUGACUGUCCCUAUUUAGAGAGUCAAGACCGUAAUGGGGAUUUAGAGAUCACGUUUCCUGCAAACAUUCCUAAGUAGUCAUCAACAUCGUAAGUGUUUACUGUUUUACCUGUCUGUGUGAAACGGUGUAAAGUACCCGUGAGAGGUAAACCUGUUGGUGUAUGACAUCAUGUGAAAUGAAUAAACUUUAACUAAAAUGUUA